AUGCAAAAUUUUCACAAUGAUUUAAAAAUUUGUAGUUAUUUUGAUGGAACUGUAUCAUCUAGUAAAGAUACUAAUAAAAAUCUUUCCAAAAGAAAAAUUGAAAACCAGCGUAUUAAAAUUAUUUUAGCAAAAAGACGUAUCAACUUUUUAAAUUACCACAAUAAAAAAUUUCAGUUAGAAGAUAGAAAGAACAAAUUAAAGUAUAGAAACUCUAAUAAUCAUAGUCACAAAUUAAGUUUGACAAAAUGUUUUCAAAACUAUAGAAGAAUCUUAACAAAUGACAAUAAAAAUAAUGAAUACAAUUGUAUUACAAAUAAUGCUCCAAUUUUAUUGAAAAAAAAUGUUACCUCUUUUAGCUAUUUAUGUAAAAAUAAAUUACCAAAAAUAAAUGAUCUUUUUUUGUUAAAUGAAUAUGAAAGUAAAAAUUUGGCAAUUACCUCUAAGGAUCAAGUAAAAAAUGAUAUUAACUUUGCACAUGAUAACAGUAAUGAAGUUGAUUCAUUCCUUAAAAAGUUUUCUAAAAUUAACAAUCUUAACUUAAAAACAUCUGAUUAUAACAUUUUGAAUAUCUUUCCUGAAAUAAAAAAAAGUAUUAUUAGUGCACCUAAAACACCAAAAAAAAUUAUUAGACGCUCUAAAUUAUUUCGUUUUAAUAGAAAUAAAUAUUUGAAAAAAAAAUUUUUUAUAGAAGACGUGGAUGGUGAUGAUGAAAGAUCAUCAUGCGAAUCGGAUAAUUCAAUUUUUUUUUAA